CGUUCGGGGUCCCCGGAUGGAGGAGCUGAGGUUCGGGCCCCGCCUGGGAGGUCGAGACGGGCCGGCGCUGUGGACCCGGCGCCAGCUCCGGAGCCUUGGAGUUUUCGGGGGGAGGGAGGUCGUCAAACGGAGGCCGAGGGAAACGAGGCGGAGGCCGCCGAGAAGCGGGGAGCCCCACCCCUCCGCCAUAGCGGCCUCCCGGUGCCGCCACUUCCUUUACAGCCUCUGGCCCUCCCCUGCCUUCCGGCCGUAGGCCGGGUCGGGCCGUGCCCCGCCGGCCGCCUCGGGAGUAACCCCUGCGCCGUGGCCCCCCUUUGGGGAGAGGAGGUGCCCACGGCCCGUUUGGGACUGUGUCCGAAAGGAAAGGGUUAGAAUGGGCUUCGGACUCGGCUGGGGUGGCAGAAGGCGGUCCCUGGCUCGCGACAGCCAGCAGCGCCUCUGGCCCCGAGGACCCUGGGUCACGGAGACUUCCCCACUCUACAGAGGACGCUGUCUUACUCCAAGGCUCCAGGGCUCCAAUUCAGGCUUACCCAGAGUCUCAGCUAGGGCCCUCCCUUUCCUAAGCAUACCCAGUAAGAGCAUGCGCUGUCUUUGGACAAGUAUUGGGCUAGGAGUUGGUAGUCCUGGGUUGUUACCCUGCCUCUGAAAGAGCACAUCCCUCUGGCCCUGUUGAGGGCCGGUGGGAAGACCAUGAGGUUCCAGAAGGGGAAAAGAUGACAUUCUCUUUAAAUAUAGCCUAGGGUGUGUCACUUGACCCCAAUGAGCCUCAGUUUCCACAUCCAUAAAAUGGCGAUGGUAAUUAUACUGGCCUCACAGGGUCUAAUGAGAUAUCGGAUGUAAAAACCAUGGAGAUUUUUAUUACUUACCACUCUGGGCAUAUUUAUCUCACGGGAAAAUAGAGUAAAACUAGUUGCUUAAAGUGUCCUGCCAAUUCAAGAGACUGUGAUUUCGCAAAGGCCUUGUUGGGAAGUGAGGUCUUCAACUAGCAGAGAGGGACAACUCAACUGGCUUUAUUUUAUUUUUACUUGGUUUACCUGUAAGCUAAGUGUAGGUUACAAGUCUCCUGUGGUCGCUGGGGCUAGAGCUUGACUCUGGAGAGAGGAAAGGAAGAAUUGGAAGCCCGGUGAAGAGGCAGAGAGUUUAGAAGCCUGAGGGAACUCAGUCCAGGCAGCAACAUCCCUGAAUUCCCGGUGGUGAGAGGAUGUGCACCCUGGACCCGUCCAGGAAAGAAGUGCUGAGGUUUGCAGUCAGCUGCCGUGUCCUGACUCUGGUGCUUCAGUAAACUCCGUGCCCAGCAUGGAGCUUGAACUUCACGACCCCAAGAUCAAGAGUCGCGUGCUGUACCCACCGAGCCAGCCAGGCGCCCCAGAAAUGGUCUUUUAAUCCCUUGUUUUACACAUGAAGCAGCAGAGGCCCAGAAAGAUUCAAUGGUUUCCCCAAAGUCACAUAGCAAGUUAGAGAAGGGCCAGAAUCAGACCCCAGCCUUCCUAACACCUGAGCUAGUGGUCUUUCUAGUGGACCAUGAGGUUCUGUAACCAGAGAUGUUUUUAGGGCGUGACAGCCCAAGGCAUUGGCCUGGGUCUCCUUACCAGGAGACGGAGCACAGAGUCAGUCAGGCUCUCUUCAAUGCCAUCAUCCCUGAUCACCAUGCAGAAGCCUUCUCUCCUCCUCGCCUCACCCCCUCAGGCUCUGUGGACCAACUUGUGGAAGGUCUCCUGGGUGGCCUGUCUCACUGGGAUGCCGAACACUUCCUGUUCAUUGCCGAGCAUGGCUAUCUGUAUGAGCACAACUUUGCCUUCUUCCCUGGCUUCCCCCUGGCUCUCUUGGUGGGAGCUGAACUGCUGAGGCCCCUGCAGGCAUUACUGAACCUACGGAGUCGCCUGUUAAUCUCAGUAGCAUUGCUCAAUUCCUUGUUCUCCUUGCUGGCCGCUGUCGCACUUCACGACCUGGGCUGUCUGGUUUUGCGCUGUCCCCGCCAGGCCUUUUAUGGAGCCCUACUCUUCUGCCUCAGCCCCGCCAACGUCUUUCUGGCAGCUGGUUACUCAGAAGCUUUGUUUGCCCUCCUGACAUUCAGCGCCAUGGGGCAGCUGGAAAGGGGCCGAAGCUGGACUAGUGGACUCCUCUUUGCCCUUGCCACUGGCGUACGCUCCAAUGGGCUGGUCAACAUUGGCUUCCUCGUGUAUUCUCAGUGCCAAGGCUUUCUGUCCUCUCUCAUGGUGCUGAAUCCUCUGAGACCACUCUUGAAGCUGAUGGGCUCUGUGUUCCUGUCUGUGUUCACGCUUGGCCUUCCCUUUGCCCUCUUUCAGUAUUAUGCCUAUACCCAGUUCUGUCUGUCAGGCUUAGCCCGCCCCAUCCCUGAGCCCUUGCUGAAGUUAGCUGUGGACAAGGGCUACCGAAUUGUGGAGGGAAAUGAGCCACCUUGGUGCUCCUGGGAACUUCCCCUAAUAUAUAGCUAUAUCCAGGAUAUCUACUGGAAUGUUGGCUUUCUGAGAUACUAUGAGCUCAAGCAGGUGCCCAAUUUCUUACUGGCUGCACCAGUGGCUAUACUGGUUGCCUGGGCAACAUGGACAUAUGUGACCACCCACCCUUGGCUCUGCCUUACACUUGGGAUGCACAGGAGCAAGAACAGCAAGACCCUAGAGAAACCUGACCCUGGAUUCCUCGGCCCUCGGGUGUUUGUGUACCUGGCCCACGCUGCGGCGCUGUUGCUGUUCGGCAGUCUAUGCAUGCAUGUUCAGGUUCUCACCAGGUUUCUGGGUUCCUCCACUCCUAUUGUGUACUGGUUUCCAGCUUACUUGCUUCAGAAUCAAGAGCCACUGCUGAGAUCUCUAGAGACUGUGCCUUGGAAGCCCCUUACAGGGGACUCCGUACCAGGACAAAAGGUCCCCAGAAAUUCUAUCAUGGGACUUUUAUACAACUGGAAAACCUAUUCUCUAGUCACACGAUGCAUUCUGGGCUACUUCCUGUCUUACUGGCUCCUGGGACUGCUCCUACAUUGCAACUUCCUUCCUUGGACAUGACCUGGAGUCUCAGGGGUCUGGAAGUACAGAUAGACACUGGGACUGUCUGUGCUGCCCGGGGACCCUUGCUCUGUCCUUUAGGAACCCCUAGUCUCUCCGAAGGUUGGUCAGGAAUGGGAGAAGCAUGAGCCACUGGGAAGCCCCCCAUCUGGUCCUGGCUAUGGCAAAUUUUAGAGUAGUACCUAUUUUCUCUGUAAGUGAAGAAAUCUUCCUCUCCAAGUCUAAAGUACACUUGCAUUUGUCUCGUCAACCAAGCAUAGCAGAGAUAGUUGUAAACUUAAAUGUAAAGUAUUUAAAUGUCAAUGUAAAUGUGAGUCCUUCAAAUGUCAGUUUCAUCAAAGGCUCUAGCUGACAGGCUGGUAAUAGUCCACACAUGAUGGUGGAGGCCUGAACAGUGUACUGGCAGUAAGAAGCAGGACCAUCUUUUUUAAAUGGGACAUUGUUUCUGAUUAUUGUCAUGAUUUGUUCAUUUAUUUAUAUGAAAAAUCUUACAAAGAUACACAAAUUAAACAACUUUUGGUUAUGCAUGCAAUGAAUUAUUUAUU